GCAACGUUACCUGCGAUCGGGCUGGUCGGUGGACCGAGGUCGUCACAGAAAUGGGGAUAUGUCAGACCUUCCAAACCAAUGAGCCUGUCAAGACCAGUGGCCAUUUUAAUCAUCUCUACUUGGUGCUCAACGAUAAGCAACAGAAGUUCAGAGGCGAGGAAGGGUUCCGCGUGCUGAUCCACGACCCGGCCGACGACCCGCGUCUGAUGGUGCGCACGCACGGCAGCUCCAUCGUGCAGCGGCACGGCCGAGACGUCAGGAUGGUGCUCAAGGAGUUCAAGGCAAUACCCAGCCGAGAGUACUUCUGCAAAGACCGCGAAGACAAGUACUCCCACAUUGGAUGCGAAGCCAACUGUUUCAACCGUAUUCUGCACAGCGAAGUGGGCUGUCUGCUGCCCUUCAUGACCCACACCCCGGGCCUACAGGGUGCUGCCAUCUGCAACACCACCAAGCAGUACCGCAACGCCAUCUUGCACAAGCAGUACCUGCUGCACAGCGGCGGCUGGAACGCGCAGGACAACUGCACGUGCGAGCGCAAGUGUCACGAGUUCGAGUAUCUGCUGUUCGCCGAGACGGGCGAGAUCAGCGACUCGCGCGCGCGUCUCCGUGUCUUCUAUCAGGAUCUCUACUACGAGAACGUGGGUGGAGUCGCUGGCAUACCCAUGAUUCCGCUGCUCUGUGACCUGGGCGAAAAGGAGGCUUGGCAGGUGUACGACUACAGUGGUCCGGUGCGACAGGAGAAGGUGAGGCCGGCCGAUGUAGCCUACCAGUGGUACCAGUGCCGAGGAAGAAGGUGA